AUGACGGUGAAGACUAACGUCCAGGAUAUAGAGCAAGAGAUCGUGGAUCUCGAAAGCCGUCUGCGCAAUGCUCGCGCCCGUCUAGCGGUGGCCUCCGCGUCGCAAAAUGGCGGGGAUCCCUAUCUGCCGUUACCGGAGGAUACCGCCGGGGUAGUGCCCACCCAUGCGCUCCUCCUCCUCUCGGAUUCAGCCCUUCCGUUGGGUUCUUUCGCAUACUCCAGCGGCCUGGAGUCAUACCUGGCGCACAACAAACCCCUUCCUCGCUCGGUGACCCCGAUUGCGUCCUUCCAUCGCUUCCUGAAAUUAUCCAUUGCUUCCUUAGCCAGCACCUCGCUUCCUUACGUUUUGGCUGGGUACAGGCGCCCAGUAGAUCUGGAGUCGCUGGACAAUGAUCUCGAUGCCUCAACGCCCUGCAUAGUUGCCCAGCGGGCGAGUCUCGCGCAAGGGCGGGCAUUGCUCGGGGUCUGGGAGCGCGCUUUCCGUGGGACAUAUGCGACCCGCCCAUUAUCCGUGGGCCCCACUGCUGCAAAGGCAGUGAAGAUGAUCGAGGCGUUCUCGGACGCUCUUAAGUCUUCAAUGGAUACGGACGAACUAGGGCCCAAGGGGCACUUUGCGCCACUGUGGGGAGUGGUGUGUCUGGCGAUGGGCAUGGACGCACGCCAGACUGCCUAUGUGUUUAUGUUGAACCAUGCGAAGGCCGUCCUCAGUGCUGCAGUCCGUGCGUCCGUGAUGGGCCCGUAUCAGGCCCAAAACAUCCUGGCCAGUAAGAACCUGCAAGCCAUGAUCACCCAACGGAUAGACCGGGAGUGGGACACUCCCAUCGAGGAUGCAGGACAAAUCGUACCUCCGCUGGAUCUUUGGGUGGGACGACAUGAACUUUUAUAUAGCAGAAUAUUCAAUUCAUAA